CAAACACGGCGGCUGCAGAUUAAAGUCUCCGAACACUGAAAUUGAAAUUCUUUCACAACAAAAAGCCACAAAUAAUCGACAUAAAUAAGUACCUAACUCCGAGGUCUCUGCCACCGGAAAAAUCCUCAGAUCCUCGCCGGAAGAGAGAAGUUCACCGUCAAAAUCAAUGGAAGACACUGAGCAGAAACAAAUGUUCCGCGACAUCGUGCUCCAAGUCGUCAUGGUCCUCUUCUUUGUAGUCACGUUCCUGGCCAUGCACGGCAUCCCUCAGAGGCUCCUCGCCUGGCUCCGCCUCCCAAGGGGACGCUCCGUCCGAGCCAAGCGCCACUUCGUCCGCAGCGCUCAGCUCCUCGCUGAAGCCCGAACCGCCAAGAAGAGCCGAUCCUCCAGCUCGAAUUCGCUCGCAAACGAAGCCCUAACCGAAGCAGAUCGAGCGAUCGCGCUCAAUCCAAGGGAUGCAGCUUCGUACCUACUCAAAGCAAUGAUCCUCGAUCUGCAAGGGUUCCGGACCUCGGCGCUCGAUGCAGUCGACGCGGCGCUGUCGCCGCUGGCAGCAAAGUCGCUCGCCGCGGAGGAGAGGGGUGACGCGCUGGUUAAGCGAGCGGAGCUGAAGUUGGCAGUGAGCGAGCGAGGCGAAGGCCGAGUUGACUCGGCGGUUGCCGAUUUGACCGAGUCGGUGAAGCUGAACCCGAAGAACGCGAGAGGAUGGUGUCUGUUAGGGCAAUGCUAUGAGGAGAAGGAAAUGGAGGACGAAGCGAAGAAGGCUUAUAAAGAGGCUCUUGAAUUGGAACCGAAGCUUAGUGUGGCUGAGGAAGCGCUCAAGAGGUUGAGUUCUUCAUAGGUGUUUGAAAUUGGUGUCUUAAUUACGAAUUUGAAUUUUCAGAUUUUAGACAACUUCAUAAUUUCAUUUGUAUGCUGUAGUUUGGUUCUUAAUUAUGUACGAAAAUGGUGCUUAAUAGUAUCACAUGUGCACUAAUCAUUGGAUGUUAUGUGCGAAAAUAAAACGCUGGUUGAUGUAUUGAACUGAAAAAUCUGUAAGAGGGUUUGCAGAAUAUAGAGAUCUGAAAUUGACGGAGUUCUCCAUUU